AUGAUAGCAUCUGAAAUCAUUCAUUACCUCAAGAGAAAGACACAUGGUAGGAGAGCUCAGUUAGCUCUUAAGAUUGAUAUCAGCAAGGCUUACGAUAGGGUAGAUUGGGGCUUCUUAAGAAGUAUGAUGCUGAAGAUGGGUUUUUCAGAGAAGUGGACACACUGGAUGAUGAUGUGUGUUAUGUCAGUUCACUAUUCGGUUCUAGUUAACUCGGACACAGUUGGACCUAUUAUGCCAGGAAGAGGACUCAGGCAAGGUGACCCACUGUCGCCUUAUCUUUUCAUUCUUGUAUCUGAAGGUCUCUCAACCCUCAUCAAGGGAUCUGUAGCGAGAGGAGAUAUCCAUGGUAUCCAAAUUUGCAGAGGGGCACCUAGUGUGUUGCAUCUGCUUUUUGCUGACGACUAUUUUCUAUUUUGCAGGGCCAACGUGGAUGAAGUUUACCAUCUUAUGGAGGUUCUGGAUAUCUAUGCAAAGGCCUCUAGUCAGGAAAUCAAUUUAACCAAAUCCGAGGUCUUUUUCAGUCGGAAUCUGAGUUUACCUGCCCAGGAGGAUCUUGCAAAUAUCAUGGGAGUCCGUCAUGUCUUAGGGACAUGCAAGUACUUAGGGUUUCCCUCGAUGAUCGGGAGGAGUAAAAAGUCUACUUUUGCUUUCAUCAAAGACCGUAUUUGGCAACGAAUUAAUUCUUGGAAAGGUCGGUCCUUGUCAAAAGCUGGUAAAGAAGUCAUGAUUAAAUCGGUUCUCCAAGCUAUCCCGGCUUACGUGAUGAGUAUAUUUAUUUUGCCUGAAGCAGUGAUUAAUGAUAUUGAGAGAAUGUUGAAUGCCUUUUGGUGGGGUGGAGGUUCUAUUAGUAAGGGUAUUUGUUGGAUGGCGUGGGAUCGUUUAGCUUGUUCUAAGAAGGAUGGAGGACUUGGAUUCAUAGAUUUUAGAGCUUUCAAUAUGGCUAUGGUGGCUAAGCAAGGAUGGUUCAUUAUGAGUCACCCGCAAUCUUUAGUGUCCAGAUUCUUCAAAGCAAGGUACUUCCCAAAAACAUCUUUCUUUGAAGCUAAUCUUGGUUCUAAUCCUAGUUUUGUUUGGAGGAGUAUUUGGAAAGCUAGAGAUGUCCUUAUGCUCGGUUGUAGGUGGAGUAUAGGUGAUGGUAGCCAGAUUAAGGUUAUACAGGAACCUUGGAUUCGGGGAAAAUAUGAUAGGUGUGUUCCGGGACCUCAACAACAUGGUAUCUAUAAUUUGGUAGUUAAAGAUUUGCUGUUGCCAAAUGUAAAACAGUGGAAUAUGAGGUUGAUUAGAGAGCAGUUUGAUUUUCCAGAAGCGGAAGCUAUUACCUAUGUCCCAUUGGUGGAGGACGUUGUUGUUGACCGUUUGGUGUGGAGGGAGGAGAAAGAUGGUCAAUAUAGUGUUUGUUCUGGUUAUCAUGUUUGGAAGAGUAGAAAGAAGCCUCCUAUUCAGGAGAAUAUUGAGGUUAAUUGGAAUGGAUUGUGGUCUAUUAUUGCUCCCCCACGAGUGAAACACCUUCUUUGGCGGAUUUGUUCGGGUUGUUUGCCUUCCCGGGUCCGACUACGACAACACCAUGUUCCUUGUCCUAUUAUGUGUCAAUUUUGCUGGGAGGAGGAAGAGGAUGAUUGGCACGUUUUUUUCGGAUGUCCAGAGACUAUCGAGUGUUGGAGGACAGCAGGUUUGUACGACAUUAUAGCAUCUCUCCUUCUUCAUUCUAAUGACAUUCGAUCUCUUAUUUUGAACUUGUGUAAUACGGAGGAUACGAAGGUGGCGGGGCGCUUUGCUAUGAUGAUUGAGUUGUUGUGGCAUAACAGGAAUGCUUUUAUUUGGAAUAAUAAGAAGAAGGAGGUAUCAAGGCUUGGGUGGUUAGCUUUUCACAAGUGGCAAGAGUGGUGGUUGGCUCAAAAUCCUCAGGAUGGAGAGGCUGCUCUUCCUUCCACUCUUUCUUGGAUUCCCCCCCUUCCGGUUGGUUUAAGUGUAAUGUUGAUGCGGGUUUUAAUCGUCACCAAGGAACUACUAAUAGAGGUUGGUGUAUCCGGGAUAACUUGGGGAAUUUUGUUAAAGAAGGUGUUGCUUGGGAUGUUGGUUCGUUUUCUAUCCAAAGUGCUUUAG